UAGCGCGGCCGGCCAGCCAGGAUCACCACGCGGGUGGAGGCGGCGGGGAGAAGCGGCUGCUGCGACCACGAUGGGCGGCCUGGAGAAAAAGAAGUACGAGAGGGGUUCCGCCACCAACUAUAUCACCCGAAAUAAGGCUCGGAAGAAACUGCAGCUCAGCCUCCCGGACUUCAGGCGACUCUGCAUCCUAAAGGGGAUUUAUCCCCAUGAGCCCAAACACAAGAAGAAAGUGAACAAGGGAUCAACAGCUGCCCGGACGUUCUACCUCUUGAAAGACAUAAAAUUUCUUCUCCAUGAGCCCAUUGUCAACAAAUUCCGGGAAUAUAAGGUGUUUGUCCGAAAAUUGCGUAAAGCCUACGGGAAGAGCGAAUGGAACACAGUGCAGCGGCUGAAAGAGAACAAGCCGGCUUAUAAGUUGGACCACAUUAUCAAAGAGAGAUACCCAACCUUUGUGGAUGCCCUGCGAGAUUUGGACGAUGCGCUCUCCAUGUGCGUCCUCUUUGCCACCUUCCCACGCACCGGCAAGUGCCACGUCCAGAUCAUCCAGCUGUGUCGUCGGCUUACGGUGGAGUUUCUCAACUACGUCAUCGCCUCGCACGGUCUACGCAAGGUCUUUCUCUCCAUUAAGGGCAUCUAUUAUCAGGCUGAGGUGUUGGGGCAGCUUGUCACCUGGAUAACCCCCUAUGCCUUUUCCCACAAUCACCCAACAGAUGUGGAUUAUAGAGUAAUGGCUACUUUCACUGAAUUCUACACCACCCUCCUGGGCUUUGUCAAUUUUCGCCUCUACCAAUCUCUCAACUUACAUUAUCCCCCGAAGAUUGAAGGCUACUCUUCAGUAGAGAUGAAACCAGAGGAUGGAGAAGCCUAUGCCUUGGACUCAGAGAGCACCUUGGAGAAACUGUCGGCUCUCAGCACCGGCCUGGCUCGAGCUGUUGCCCCAAACAUAGAAGAUGAAGCCGAAGUGGAUGAGUUUCUCAUGGAAGGAGAGACGGCAGAACAAGAGGAGGCCCGGCGGAAGGAGGAGGAGGACUUGGAGAAACAGAAGAAGCUCUUUGAAGGACUGCAGUUCUUUCUCAAUAGGGAGGUGCCUCGAGAACCCUUAGCUUUUGUCAUCAGGUGCUUUGGGGGCAAAGUAUCAUGGGAUAAGUCGGUUUGCAUUGGUGCUACCUACGAUGUUACGGAUCCAAACAUCACCCACCAGAUUGUUGACCGCCCAAAUGUGGAGAAGCAAGUGGUUGGAAGAUACUACCUCCAGCCGCAGUGGGUCUUCGACUCGGCCAAUGCCAAGAUGUGCCUUCCAGUGGCUGAUUACUUUCCCGGGGUGAUGCUGCCUCCUCAUCUCUCCCCGUUUGUCUCUGAGAAAGAGGGAGACUACAUUCCACCAGAGAAGCUGAAGCUUUUGGCCUUGCAGAGGGGUGAAGAACCAGCGGAAGAUAGUGAGUCAGGAGAGGAAGAGGAGAGUGGUGAAGAGGAGGAAGAUGCAACUGAAGGCUCGGAGGAGGAUUCUGACAAAGAAGAUGAAGGGAAACUGCGGAAGAUGGAAGCUCAGAGAUCUCAGAGCAAGAGUCUCCCAGUGAAGGUGACACCGGGCCAAGUUGUGAAGGAGGACAAGCAGCGGCUGAUGCAGGAGCAGCAGAGUGAGGAAAAGCGUUUGGCCAUCAUGAUGAUGAAGAAACGGGAGAAAUAUCUCUACCGAAAAAUAAUGUUUGGGAAGAAGCGCAAAAUUAGAGAGGCAAACAAAUUGGCAGAGAAACGAAAAGCUCAUGACGCAGCAGCGAAAUCAGAAAAGAAGAAGAGCAAGAAGGCACGACGGGAGUAGAAGAGCCCAUCUCAUUUUGGGUGGUCGCUUUAUAUGCAGCCCUGGAAGGUGGACCUGGGACCUAAAGCUAGACCUCUCAUUUGCAGGUGGACGACAUUACAACUGCCGAUCCUUUGGUGUAUUGCCUGAAUCCCCUCUCCAAAGCAGAACUACAUAGAACUGGGAUUGCAGCACCCUGAUUUCUUUAGGAAAAUCCAUUCUGUUUAAAAGAAACGUAAAUCCUUGGUUCCAUUCAGUUUUUCUCUUUAUGGUGGCCACUGUACCAGCCCCGAUUAGACAGUCAGACAGACCUUUUGGUCUUGGAUGGAAAAAUGUUUUUUAUGAAGAGAAUAGUCACCAACAGUCCCUGUUUCCCAAAGCACCGCUGAAAUAUCAAGCAUGUGAACAAGGUUCCUAUCUGGGACCAGAAGUUCAUUUGGAUGACACCUGGUUUCUGAGCAGAAGGCAUUUACCUCUUUUCCUACUGUUUUGGCACAGAAUUUUGAGGUUCUUGCCUAACACGCUGUUUUUAAAUGUCAGUUUCUCGGAAGUGUAUGGCUAGAAUGAUAAAGUUCCUCAGAAGUGGAAAAUGUAGGUAAACUUGCUGUGUGUGUAAAUAAAAUUUGGGCUCAAAUAAAGAUAGGCCAGCUAUACCUCAGUUAGAGGUUGACCACUAGCCAACAAGCGUUACUCAUAUUGUAGUCCUCAUGCUGCCUGCCUUUGCAUUUCAGUUAAUGAGGUUUUAUUAAACUGGAUGUUGAAACUCUGACAU